GGAAGGUACGUAGUCGAAUACGGUUCAUUGUGAUAGAGUUGAAAAUGUUCAAAAGUAUUGCAAAAAUUUCAAAAGAAUAUUGUGGUUAUCGUAACAGUUUAAGGUGCAGGAGUUCAGUCACAUCGACUCCUAAGCUCCCAGAUAGCGCGGAUGUUGUUAUAAUUGGUGGAGGCUCCGCAGGAUGUCACACGUUAUAUUUCUUGGCAAAGAAAGGGAUUAAAGCCGUUCUAUUGGAACGAAAUAAAUUAACUUCCGGAACGACCUGGCACACUGCUGGUCUAAUUUGGAGACUUCGACCGAACGAUGUGGACGUCCAAUUGCUGAAUCGCUCGAUUGACCUGAUGAACAGAAUUGAAUCUGAAACUGGCUUCGACCCAGGGUUCAUUAACAAUGGGGGCAUUUUUAUUGCUCAUAAUGAGAAUCGACUAAACGAAUAUAAGAGACUAUCGACAUUCGGACGGGCCGUAGGAAUCGAGAAUCGAAUACUAACAUCAAAUGAGACACAAGAAAUAUUCCCACUUUUGGAUCCAAACUCGUUUAUUGGAGCUCUCUAUUCACCCGGCGACGGUGUAGUUGAUCCAGCUAUGUUGUGUACAGCCCUAACCAGAGCCGCUUCAAAAAACAACGGAGUGCGGGUCUUUGAAGACUGUCCAAUUUUGGAGAUUUUGACCGGCGAAAGUAUUGUUGGUUCGAAGAAUAUUCAAGGCGUGCAGACACCAUUCGGUACCAUACGAACCAACUGUGUCGUUAAUGCAACUGGUGUUUGGGGUAGAGAUUUGUUUGAAAAGCAUAACGUUCAUUUGCCUUUAGUUCCAAUGCGUCACGCAUACAUUGUUUCCGAACCGAUUAAAGGCAUCAUGGGAAUGCCAAAUGUACGCGAUCAUGACAAUUCGAUUUAUUUGAGAAUUCAAGGGUCGUCAAUCUGCAUGGGUGGCUACGAAAGUAAUCCGAUACUUUUGGAUCGAGUUCCUGAUGAUUUUCAUUUCGGACUGUACGAACUGGACUGGAACACGUUCGAAGACCAUAUCAAAGGAUCGGAAGCACUCUGUCCAGUAUUUGGUACAGCUGGCGUUAAAACUACCAUUUGCGGUCCUGAAUCAUUUACGCCAGACCAUAAGCCACUGAUGGGACCUGAUCCACGACUAGAUGGACUGUUCCACAAUUGUGGUUUCAAUUCAGCUGGUAUGAUGUUUGGCGGUGGUUGUGGUGAACAAAUAGCUCAUUGGAUUGUUCACGGCAGGCCUGAAUUUAAUAUGUUCGGUUUUGAUAUCAGACGGUAUACACCGAAACAGACAUCGAACCAUAAUUGGGCUGUGGAACGAAGUCAUGAGGCGUACGCUAAAAAUUAUUCGAAAGUAUUUCUGCAUGACCAACCGUUAGCCGGUAGAAACUUUAAGAAAGAUCCUCUACAUGAUGUGAUGAUUAGCAAAGGUGCUGUGAUGGAGGAGAAACAAGGUUGGGAACGACCGGGUUACUUCCUCAAGGAUGAAAUUGUUACAGUUCCUAAUUAUGAUUGGUACGGAAAUUAUGGACACGUGAAACACGAGACAAAUGUCUAUUUCGAUAAAUUGCUGGGCGAACACAAAUACGAGUUUUCCGACAAUCACGAAUUGAUCGGACAAGAGUCAAUGAAUUGCCGAACGAAUGCAUCGCUGAUAAACAUUUCGUAUUUCUGUAAACUGUUUUUGACUGGACCACAGGCUCAGGAUGCUGCCGAUUGGAUUUUCACGGCUGACACAAACAAGGAACCGAACAAACUUAUCUACACGUGUGCACUGAAUAAUAAUGGUGGAGUUGAAAGUGAUCUAACAGUAACAGUAAUCGAUUCAGGAAAUGGCGAAGUGCACACCCCGUCAUUUGAUGGAAAAGGGUACUACAUUGUUGCUGGUGGUGCAUCGGGCUAUUACACAUUUGCACACAUUCAAAGUGGUAUCAAAGAAAAGGGAUUCAAUGCAUCGAUUGAGGACGUUACCGAUAAAAUUGGUGUGAUUUCAAUACAAGGUCCAAGAAGCCGAGAUAUUUUGCAAAAGGUCACCGACCUCGAAUUAUCAAAUGAUUCAUUUCCUCCGUACACUUCACAAAUGCUAUCGAUCAAUGGCAAAGAAAAAAUUGAUGUCCGGGCGUUACGUCUCAGCUUUAUCGGAGAGCUAGGAUUCGAACUACAUAUUCCAGCUGACAAAUGUGUUGAUGUUUACAACAAAUUAUGGGAAGUUGGCCAACCAUUUGGUCUCGGAAAUGUCGGCUAUCGUUCGUUUUAUUCAAUGAGUUGUGAAAAAGGCUAUCACCUUUGGGGAUUCGAUCUCAGAAUGGACGAUUCACCGAUCGAAGCCAAUCUCGGAUUCACAUGCAGAAAGUUAGGAAAUUAUAAAGGAAAGGAGGCAAUCGAAAAACAAAGACUGAGUGGCAUCAAUAAACGAUUAGUUUUCCUCACACUGGACGAGAAAGUUCCAUUAUUCGGUUUAGAAGGAGUGUAUCGCAAUGGUGUACCAGUCGGUCAUGUACGACGUGCUGAAUACGCAUAUUAUUUAGAUAAAAUGGUCGGCAAAGUUUUCGUAAGACAUCCUGAAAAUGGGACCGUUGAUGCAGCCUUUUUGAAAUCGGGAGAAUAUGAAGUGGAGGUGUUAGGACGUAAAUACAAGGCAACGUGUCAUUUGAAGAGUCCAUUCGAUCCGGAAAAUAAACGAAUUAUGGGAGAUUAUUAAUGAUGGUCUGGUUUCGACUGUGUCGUCACGUGUCAUCGAUUCAUAUUACCUAAUUGCAGUGAUGAUUUCUUAAUUCCAUUUAACACAUUCCAGUAAUUAAUUACGUCGUUGAGAACGAAUCAGUGCCCUCCCUUUUACAACAUGUCAUAAAAGUCUGAAAAAUUUAUUUACGAGAAACACUUCAAACAAAUAAUAUUUCUCGUUUAAAAUACAAAAGGAUAUUCCUACCAGAGGGGUGUCAUAUUUCACAUUUUUGUAUUGGAUUUAAUGUUGUUGUCGUAAUACAUUCCCAACUCACUGUUGUAGAGUCUACACCACACCAAAUCGUUGAAAAAUAUAUAAAAUUGCCUCAAAACUA